GUGGAAUUCCACUCAGUGAUCUACUAUGGCACAAAUUAUUGAGCUCGUCCAUAGAAGUACUACCCGGCAGAAGGCAUGUACAGGGUGCGUGAAGGCAAAGCGGAGAUGUGAUUUGACCAUUCCGUCCUGCUCGAGAUGUAUGGCAAGAAAUCGACUUUGUAGCUAUAACGACCAACUAGUAGCAUUCGCUGCUGGUGAUGCGAAGAUCAGUGAGACACCAAAUCAUGACCCUGCCGCGGCGGAACUCCUCACGUCCCCAUACGAUUCUUUUCCGUUCCCUGAGCUUGCAGUCAUCGAACCACACCAGAUAGAGUACUGUGUCUUUGAAUUACGGAGAUGUGUGCUGUCUUUAGCCAUGGAAAGCCGAGCUCCGUUCAUCCAUUCGGAUCUCUAUCACGAUACCAUGCCCGACACUUAUCAAGAUCUUCUCAGUAUUUGCAGUUUGUACAAUCAGAAAACAGAGACCAAUUCUAUGAUUGUGUUUCGAAUGUUGUUCAUCAAACUGAAGAAGUUGAUCUCAAGUUCUCGGACAUUCACCCAGCCCGAGGAUUGGUUGCUCGCUGUACAGACUUUGAUCAUUUAUCAAAUUAUUCGUGUGUUUGAUGGGGAUAAGAAGCAGGAAGAAUUGGCAGACCAAGACUUUGAUCUGUUGGAGAAUUGGUCAAGAAAGUUGCAGGAAGUCGAUGUUGGUCGUUCUACUUCUCAUCACCAAUGGUUGUUGAUGGAAAGCAUUCGGCGAACGCUCAUGGUGUCAGUUCUAUUUCGAUGUCUGUAUAAGAUUUUGAAGGAUGGCAUGUCGGAUUUGGUACCGGUAAUGGCUGCGCUACCCGUGUCUGAGAAUACAGAUGAUUGGGAUAGAGUGGAAGGGCCGAGGAGGAUACCAUCUUUGGUCACAUACACAAGCUAUGUUAAGGAUUGGAAUGAGGGAAAGGUGACGACUGUGGAUGCGUAUGAGAUGUUGUUGUUGAAGGCAUGUCGGCAUGCUAUUACGAUUUAGUGGAAGCUUGGGAAAGUCCGGCGAGUGAAGUGAAUGUAUCAUCCUUGCUCCCCUGACAAUUUCACACUUACUUCGAUAUCAAUCUCGAGAAGGUGCGAGAGCACUUGAAAAUGGAAUACCAUGCAUUUGUGAAAGCACCGCAGCAAAUAUGUAAGCUAUCUGAGUGUGAGG